UUCAAGACAGAAAGAUGGAAUCCAGUGGUUUUAAUGUUGACAGAGUGAAAAAAGAGCCUUGUGAAGAGUUUUUCAAUGAGAUUGAUUAUGAAGUAAUUGACGAGACGCCAGCUGCUGGAGAUUUUCAAUCCUUGAGGCAUCUGCGGGAAAAUUCAACUCAAGCGCUGCGAAAAUGUGACGAAAAUCAAGAAAAUGAACUUGACCUGCGAAUCGAAUUGGAAUGUAGAGAACAGAAGCCUAUCUUGAAUUUACCAGCAGUCAAGAAAAUGGAGGAUCAUUCUCAAAAUCACUUGCAAGGCAUAAAGUAUUGCUACGAUUAUCAUACUCAUAACAUAAUUAAAGUAGAAACUACAGGAGUAGUAAAAAAAGAAUCUUUCGACGAAGAUCCAACAAAUGGACUCAGCGACCCAAACCAAAAAAGAAGAGUUGAAAAAAAGUUAAUCUAUGAAUGCGGAAGCAAAAAACACAUCGACUCGACACAUGAUCGUAUCACCCACACUUGCGAUAUAUGCGGGAAGACAUAUGCCCACAAAAAGGCUCUCAAAGUACACAUCGAUUCAGUGCAUAAUAAAAUCACUCACGCAUGCGAAAUAUGCAAAAAGACAUUCAAAUAUAAAGUUAGUCUCAAAAAUCACCUUGUUAUACACAGUGGUCUGAAAAAGUUCAAAUGUGAUUUAUGUGAAAAGAAAUACCCGACAAAGGGUCAUCUCCAAUAUCACAUAGAUUCUAAGCAUAAUAAAGUCACCCAUUCGUGUGAUAUAUGCGGCAAAAAAUUCACACAGAAGAAUGGUCUUAAGGCCCAUAUCAAUGAGAUUCAUAGUAAAAUCACUCAAGAAUGCGGUGUAUGCGGGAAAAAAUUCGCAGCCAAGAGAUAUCUUCAAAAUCACAUAAAUAUGACGCACAGUGAUAUCAAAUAUACCUGCGAUAUGUGUGAAAAACAAUUUGCAGCGAAAAAAUAUCUCAAAAAUCACAUUAGGGUGAAACAUUGUGGUAUCGCUCACGCAUGUGAUUCACGAGGAAAGGAAUAUAAAAAUCAAUGUAGUCUCGAUAAACUUGUAAAAUCUUCGAAUAAUUAUACCACGCAUAAAUGCGUUACAUGCGGAAAGACAUUUGGAAAAAAAAGGAAACUCAAAGUGCACAUCGCCAUGGCGCAUCGCUAAUGCAUCAUGAGUUUAUGAAUGAUAUGAAAUCUGUAUUUGAUCCUCGUAUGAGAAACUCUUAUGUACGAACGAGGGUAUUUUUUCAAAAUACUGAUUUAAUCAUUUUUAUUUAUUGAUGAAUUCUGCCUAUGCUAUGUUGUCUGUCUGUAGCAUACAGAAUGAUAGAUAACUAGAGAUUCUGUAAAAAGUUUCUUUGAAUAAAAUUUUUAUACCGUCGAUAUAAAAUGGAAAAAUUAGGCUCGAUUUAUUUUGAACUUUUUAAUUUUUUAAUUUAGAGCAAAAUAGUAUCUUGAAACAAUUACUACAUAGCUUUAUUUUUUCUUUAGAUUACAUUGGAACAAUAAGUAUAAUGAAAUUAUUCUGUAAUGAAUUUAUAGAGGAAUAAAAUUGGCAAAAAUAAAUCAAU